GUGUCCCCCCCAGGUGCUGAACAUGUACGGGAAGGUGGUGACGGUGCGGCACCAGGCCGUCACCAGGAAGAAGGACAAUCGCUUCGCCGUCGCCCUGGACUCGGAGCAGAACAACAUCCACGUCAAGGACAUCGUCAAAGUCAUCGAUGGCCCCCACUCCGGCCGCGAGGGCGAGAUCCGACACCUUUUCCGCGGCUUCGCUUUCCUGCACUGCAAGAAGCUGGUGGAGAACGGGGGGAUGUUCGUGUGCAAGACCCGACACCUGGUGCUGGCCGGGGGCUCCAAG